AUGGCCAUUCAAACUAUUGCACCGCCAGACGAGGAGGCAGCCACAAUCAUGAAACCUCGGCAUGACCGCGACCCGUCGAAAGUGCCGUUUGGUCAUUUGGGCCAUUGUCUUGACUAUAUGCGCCAGACCGUCCUCUGUUACGCAGACGGCACUCUUGAGCCGCCCGAACCUAGUGACCACGGCCUGGGAAUUGAAGGUUACAACAUUACACGCCACUGCAAGAGCAGCGAUGCUGUGUACAGGCUCGCAGAGGACAGUCCAAUCAGGAACCCUGACGGCUCGCCCCGCAGAGCAGCAUGA